AUUAUUAAAAAUUUAGAAAAGAAUCUUCCACAAAAAAAUUUAAAGCGUUGGGUUAUUUUAAACGACAUGCAGUUUUUGCAAAAUGAAAUUUAGCAGCAAGGUCAUUAAUUUUGUAGCCAAAACCUGAAACUGAAAAGAUCGAACUGAAAAAUGUCGCAGUUUGUCCGUUAUAGCCGUUGGUUUUCGCGCUUCAAAAACCAAAACAAACAUCAGAUUCUCGCGUUCUCCUCCACGGCAGAAAACGAAAAACAAACUCUACGGAGUCCGCCUCCGAUCCGUGUCGGAGUCACUGAGUCAGCAGGUCGAGGCGUGUUCUCCACUCGGAGAAUCAGCGGUGGAGAACUCAUUCACAAUGCUAAACCGAUAGUGUCUUAUCCUUCUCGAUCGAGUACCAACACUGUAUGCUAUUUUUGUCUCAAAAAGCUAGCUUCAACAGAGAACCGAAGUGUUGCGUUUUGCAGUCAAGAAUGCAAGCAGAAUGCCAAGGUUUUUUAUGAUGUAGAGACAAAAGCAGAUUGGUCAGGUUUUGAUGACUAUUGCCGGACACAAGGUCUAAAGUAUCCACUUAUGGUAAAAAGAUUGGCUUGUAUGGUUAUAUCAGGAGCGGCAACUGUUGAAUGUCUUGACAUACUUCAACCUGCUAAUUUAUCUCCUGAGAUGAUUUUAGAGAUGGAAGAGGGCUAUGAUUUGCUAAGGAGUUGCUUCACUAAGGCAAAUAUUGCAGAUGACCGGUUGGCAUUCUUAACCAGGCAAUGGUACAUUAACCAGUUGGCACGGAUUCGUAUCAAUGCAUUCCGCAUUGAGUUGGCAGUAGGAUUGUAUGAAGAUCUUCUGUCAUCAGCUGCUGCCUGUAUAGAGGCUGAAGCUGCAGUUGGAAAUUCUGUUUAUAUGCUUCCCUCCUUUUUUAAUCAUGACUGUGAUCCCAAUGCUCACAUAAUAUGGAUAGAGAAUGCAGAUGCAAGAUUGAAGGCCCUUCGUGAUAUAGAUCCAGAUGAAGAACUUCGGAUAUGCUAUAUAGAUGCUAGUAUGGACCAUGGUGCUCGGCAAACCAUUUUGCUUCAAGGGUUUGGUUUUAAGUGCAAUUGCCUUCGAUGUUUGUCAGGAGAUUAAUUGUAUUGUUUCAGUUUCUUGUAUUCUGGUAAAAAAGAGAAGUUGUACUUCGAGUUGAAGUUCUGAUGACAAAGACUCGGCAUUUUAAACCAGUAACAAAGCUGUAGUUUGCAAGCA